CAACAACCUUCAAAGCGUAAAUUUUGUUUUCUCGCUCGUUAAAAUAGCUCGUAUUUUAACAUGAAUACUCCGAAUAUCGAACAGUUAGAUCGGCUCAUAAGCAAACAUAUCGGCGAUGGCAAAACGAUCGUGGACCAGAAAAUAUCCCGGUUAACGUCGCCAGGUGAAAAUUUCGGCAGCGAAAUGCUCAAAGUCGAUCUCGUCGUGGAAUCGAAGGAGACUCGUCGCCCGGAGAACGUGCACAUCGUCGCCAAGCUCAUACCGCGCAACGAUUUCUUCAAAGACAUAUUCAACGUACAGGUGUCGUUUAGAAACGAGAGCGCCUUCUACUCCACCGUGGUGCCCGCGCUGCAGCGAUUCCAAACCCAGCAAGGACUCGAAAUCGACCAAGCCGUCGACUUUUUCCCCAAAUUCUUCGGCUCCAGGUGCAAUUUAGCCGACGACGAGCGCGGCCUGGUCGACGACGAUGCUGUUUUACUACUGGAGAAUUUGAAAAUUCAAGGAUACGAAAACGUGAAGCGAUUGGAAGGUUUCGAUUUUCCCACGGCCUUGUUAAUACUGGACUGCUUGGCCAGAUUCCACGCCGUCCCGUUGGCGCUGAAACUGAAGGAGCCGGAAACGUUCGAAACUAAAGUAAAGCCAUUCCUAGCAUGCUUCCACCCCAUGAAGCCUAAACCCAGCAUCGAUGAUGCCGUCAAAGCGAUAGUGAAGUUGCUAGAAAGCUCGGAGAACUGCAAGAAAUGGAGCGCCAAGGUGCAGCAGUCGAUGGGCACUUUCGGGAAAUUCAUGGAUAUUAAGGAACCGAUGGCGACCGUGACGCACACCGACCUGUGGGUGAACAACAUCCUGGUGAAAUUCGUCGGAGGGGCGCCGGAGAGCUGCAGGUUCGUCGAUUUCCAAGGGUACAACUACGGCAGCCCGGCGGUCGACGUGCUUUUCUUCCUCUUCACGAGCAUCGAGUUUGGGCUGUUGCGGGAAAAAUUGGACGGGUUUUUGGAAUAUUACGUGAACCAAUUCAACGAGGCCUUGAAGCAGUUAAACUGCGAUUACCGAUUAACGCUCGAUAGGUUAAUUGAGGAAAUUAAAUAUGCGUCGCAAUGGGAACUGGCUCACGUUCUUUUCAUGACUUUGAUGGUGGUCCAUGCAAAAGAAGGGGGGAAUUUCGAUUCCGACGAGAAUAUCACUAACGGGCCUCCCGCCUUCAACGAAAUUACUUUUCAAGAAAAGGCUAUCGAGAGGGUCUUGUGGGUUAUAGAGGAAUGGGGAAAGAGAGGGUGGCUAAAUUAUUAAAUAAAUAUAAAUUGUUUACAGUAUUAUCGAAUUUUUCAGUGUUAGAUAUGAUAUUAAAACCAAUAUAAACCAUACAAUAAUAAAAUAUAUUGAUUCAUAUAAUAUAACAAUACAUGUAAAGGUUCAAUAUAAGCAACUUGACUAGUUGUACUAUAUUUAAAAAUAAUAAUCGAAAAAUUCGACAUAAAAAUUAACAAAUGGUUGUAUAAAAUAUACAUCUUAUCCAAAGUAGAUAUAUAAAGUAAGGCACCGAUAUCGAGCAUAUAAUAUGAAAAUAUCCAAGCAGUGAUUGUUGUAAUUUCUUAAUAACAUUCAUGGUAACUUACUGUUUCUUUUUAAAAAAAAUAUCACCAUUUAGAGUUACAAUUUGUAUAGAAAUUAUCAAUAAGAAAUUAAACUUCAAAUAUCUAAAGCGCAUUCUCGAACAUUAAUUUUUUCCAUUUGAUAAUUUAUUCACAAAACCCCAAGAUCACGUUCUUAACAGGCUAUUUUAAAAAUACUAUUAGAUAAAUGGCGUGAUGCUUACGCUACAAGAAAAUUGCCUGGCAUAUUACCUAACAAAAAAUAAGGAAUAUAGAAAAGAAAAAAGUAACUCAAUAGCUAUAGAAGCAGAAAAAUAAUCAAACUAAAUCAACAGGUUAGAUAAACAUAAAUAUAUAACAAAAAAGGCUACCAACACAAGACUACUUCAUCUCCAACUAAAAAUCAAGAUUGAGCGCAAAAUAAAUUCAAAUUGAAUAAAUCUUCAGUUACAAAAUCACAUAAAACGACAUCCUAUCUUAAACGAAUUCAACUCAUAUUCAUAUUGAUUACAGAUAAGCUUCAGCGCCAACGAAUUAACAUUUUUUUAAUUAGUGGCACUGAACUUCGACUUCGAUUUUGUCAUUUUUGGUAUGACUCUGAUGGCAUUUUAGGCUGUUAUGUGAUGUAGAAGGUGUUUGGCCCGCCGGCGUUGAUUCACCUUCGCGUUGAUUGGAGUUAUCUAGAAAAAUUUCAAAAAUUCGUCCCCUUAACAUUCGAAUUUUGGUUAUAAAAAACCGCGAAAAAACGAUCAUUGUAAGAUAUGGAGACUCUAUUAUACGUCCGCCCUGUAUCAUAUUGCAAAAGUUAAGCAGUAGAUACUCAGUGAAUCAUGAAAAUUUAUAAUGGAUGUUAUGUAGAUAAGGCCAAUUAUGAAAUAAUUCAUUACUGCAUCAACACAGCGAUAAUAUGCACAAAAAAAUCAAUAGAUUUCCACUUUUUUUUAACCAAAAGUUUGC